AUGAAUUCCAAUUUCACAGACAUAAAUACCGGUGCUUUAACGUUCAUAAAUAAAGAAGCUGAAGAUGAAUCGUGGGAGCAGUUGAGACGAGAGUUUAACACAUUAUUCAGUAAUUUGAGAACAGAGAAUAAGGAAGAAGGAGAACCCAUUCACAAUGAAACGGAAGAAGCCAAGAAACCAAUAAUUUUACAUGACCACGAUAAUUCAAGUUCCCUGAAUCAAAGAAAAACUCUUAAUUUUUCAUGUAAUGGAAAUUUUAAGCAAGUGGGUAAUUCUAAUGAUAUGAGGAAAUGCCAUAUCAAAAAAGUUCUUCAAGCAAAAUUAAUUUUCAAUACUCUUGAAGGCAAAGAAGUUUUCUUGAAAAUAUCUCAGCAUACAUUAGGUCUAAUAAGUUUACUGUUAAGGAAGGCGAAAUUCCGAGUACCAAUUCUUUCAUCUAAAUUACGAUCUGUUGCAUUACAAUUGAGUAUAUUUCGGUACUUGUUGAGGUUUGGAAACUUUGCGGUAACUUUAUAUAGAUUUAUCAAGACAUUUCGCGAAUUUAGGGAGAUGGAUAGAUCAAAUUUUCAAAAAAGAUUACUUUUUUUUUGUCAAAAAGGGUUCAAGUUUCGUGAUGUUAUUGAAUUUUUUUAUAGUUUGACUGAUGAGCUAAUAUUGUUCGAAAAACUAAAAAACAUAUCCUAUAGAGAACAAACACUUAAAACUAGUGUUAGCAAACCUACGCUCUUUAUUAAACGGCAACACAACAUUUUGUGGGAAGUCCUAAACAUACUCGAUGCAUCCAAAAGCAUUCUUCAAUGGCAAAAACUCAUGAAAGAUGAGAUUUAUUUAAGCCUAUUCAAUCUAAGUGACAAUGAAAAGAAAAAACACAAGUUAGAGUAUAAACUACUUGUCAGUAACAAAGUCAACUUAAAUUUGCAAAAAAAUAUCGUGACAUGGGAUUUUUACAAGAUAAUAUUCAAUCUGUUAUCCAAUCUAAUUAAUAUCAUGGGUAAAAGGAGAGAAUUUAAGGCAGGCCUAACUUAUGAAAUACUUUCAGUAAGUUCCGGUAUCACUGAUUUCAUCAGGCUAUGGAAUCAGGCUAGACUGGCUCUAACUAAGGACUGUACAAGCGUUUGUUAA